AUGAUGGUCCUGCAGUCCAACCGCAUCAGAGAGAUGCAGAUCGAACUGCGGGAGCUGCGUCAGUGGACCAGGUUGGUGUGCGGGGUAGGUGAGUUUACACAUAUAGGCCUACUCAUAGGUUAUAGGCUACGGGGGAAAAUAAAACACUACUGUGAAACUUUGCUUGAUUUGUAAAGUAUGUUUUUGAGAAGUCAAUAAAUAUUCUUAGGCUAUACUCACUAGGCUAUUUCUGAUUUUGAACUAAGGAAUCAAUCAACAUGCUUAUUGUUAGCCUAAUGCUUAGAACAAUAAGGCCAAUUAUCCAGCACACUUUUCAAUGGAGUUGAAGUCUGGAAAAAAGGAUGACAAUUAGGCUAGUUGAUUGUUUACCACAUAUCUGAAACAUCUGAUUCCUAGCACACUAUGAGGUUCACAUCUGACAUCACAUCUGGGAUUUUAUACAGAAAUCUGACUCUCACAGACCUACCAAAUGGGAUGGAAUUAGAGGAAAGAGGGAGAUUUCAAGACAUGGGAGGCAGAGGCAGCAGUGCACUGGUCAGUCUCUUGCAGCACACACACACACACACACACACACACACACACACACACACACACACAGUAUGUUGGCACUGACUACAAUACCUUCCAACAUUCUUUCGUCUCUAACACACACAUACACUUCAUGUUUGCAACCACUAUGUUAUCUCAGAUGAAGACGAUUACACUCUGGUGAAAUGGGCUUUAGGACAGAGUCUAGGGGAGGGGAUGCAGGUCUCUGGAGAAACGGUCACCGUGGUAACUGAAGGGACUUACUUCAUUUACAGUUAGGUAGCCUAUUAAAACAUAGACAUAUUGUCAUCUCUUGAGAGGAUGUCAAGAUCCCCUCUAUACCAUCGCUGUGUUUGUGUACAGGUGCUGGAUAGACACCACAUGGACUAUGGUUCAUGUGAUCAAGAAGCGUCUACAUGGUAUCGAAACCAGCUUGAUGACGUGCAUACAAAGCAUGCCCAGCAACAUCACUGUGGCCCAAAACACCUGCUACACAGCUGGUGAGUCUUCCCAACCCCAGCCAGUGUGUGUUGCAAAUGAAAUUCAAAUGAAUGACUUAUAAUACGGAACGCAAUUACUGCACUACUACACCCAGUGCUGAAGUUCCCAGUGUUUCUCCCUCAGUUGUCCAUUACCUGGAGCAAGGAUCCACUCUGGAACUCUCCAUUCCCAGGAAAUCUGCUGGAUUCGUCCUAAAGCCUCACACCUCCUUCUUUGGUAUGUUCAGAAUCUGA